AUGGUGCAACACGAGGCGACGCCAACUUCGGCGGAAAGGAAGGGGCAGAGGGACCUGGAAUCCCGUGCCGUCGCUCCGCUUGGGGCCUUUUCAGACCUAUUCGACCCGUUCUUCCCGGCGAACCGCUCGCUGACGCAGCUUCUCGACUCCAUGGAUCGCAUGUUCGACGACGCGUUCCUGCCGCCCAUGCCGCGCUUCCCCUCGCUCUUCCGCGCCACCUCGCCGCUCGCCGCUAGAGCCGCCGCGCGCCCGGGUGUGGCGGUGAGGACGCCGUGGGACGUGCGCGAGACGGACGACGCCUUCCACAUCCGCCUCGACAUGCCAGGUCUGUCCAAGGAGGAGGUGUCGGUGAAGCUGGAGAAUGGCGAUCUGGUGAUUCGCGGAGAGCACAAGGCGGAGGAGAAGGGCGGGGAGGAGGGGGAGGGGCUUCGGGAUGCGCGCGUCGCCAAGUCCUACCAGGUAACUCUGGCCCUUCCUGACAACGUGCUCACGAAUCAGAUCAAGGCGGAGAUGAAGAACGGCGUGCUCACCGUCACCAUGGCCAAGGGCCUUCAGAUUGGAGCAGCCUUCCAGGUCGAGGUAGCGGAGGGAGUGGAGGAGAGCGAGGGAGGAGGGGAGGUGCAGGAGAGAAGGCAGGCGGCUGAGGCGGAGGGAGGAGAGGUGGGAGAGGGAGGAAAGGGUGGAAGGCACGUGGCUGGGUGGAAGGCUCGUGAAAUGGUGAGACUGGUGAGGGACGCGGGGAGGGAUAGUGGCGGUGCUGCUGGGCUGGGGUCUGCAGCAGGUGACGCAGUGGAAGAAUCAGAUCGGGCGGAGGACAAUUGGGAAGAGCAGUCGGGUGAAGGGAGAAUGUCAGAAGCGCGUACGAAAGUAAGGGAGGAGGUAUCUACUGUGGUGGCGAUGGGUGCUGUGGAGGAAGCAGCAGGAGCAGGGGCAGCUGAGGCGGUGGGGACAGCAGUGAGGGAAGCUGAGGCGGUGGGAACCGGUGCAAGAGGCGACGGAGCAGGGAGAAGCGAUGGGAAGAGGUGGAGCCGGGGGCAGGAGCUCAACUCCAGCUCCGUGAGACUAGCCAGGUUCCCCAAGCCCUCUGGCAACCCCCGCAGCUGCUCACAAUCCGCAAUGCUCAGACGCUGCAGGCGCGUGAGAAGGGUGAGGGAAGCAGGGAGAAACUCAAGCUGCCUGAGUCCGUCCAGCUCCAGAAUGCGAAGGGCGGGCGCCAGCUGA